GCCGCCGGCUGCAGGCGGGGCCCCGCCGCCGCCCCGCGCCCGGAGGGAGCAGCCCCGGUGCCGCCGAGUCCCAGCCGUGAAGCUGUCUGUGCUGUACUGGGGACAAGGGGGAUGAUUUGUUAAAAGCAGAUGCAUUACUGCAGUGAUUAGAAAUGGACUUAGCUUGGCAGGAAACACUUAAGAAGGCUGGCAAAGAGACUGCUUGGCCCUCUCAUGCAAGAUUUCUCCAGAAGUAAAGAAGCACUAAAGGAGAUACUCUGUUCCUUCGAAACAACUGCAGCUGCUGGCGAGAAGCAGCAACACUGUGCAACAAACGAGGAAACCACUUCCAGGUUACCAAAACAUGCCGUUGAACUGAAUUUUGCAGCUGCAUUUUCAAAUGUACCAUGGGAUGCAUCAAAUCCAAGGAUGCCUUUCCGGGUUCAAACGCCAUCCUGGUUGAAGGGAGCAGGGAAGGUAACGAAGGAUGCACUGGGGAGAAAUCAUCACUGAUAGCAGUGAUGGCGGACGAGAAAGGUCCAUCGAGCACCAUAGUACUGGACUAUGCACACCGUCUCUCCCAUGAGAUUCUUGAUCAGGCGGUGAAACAGUGGGCAGUGACGGAAAGCAAAUACAGUGACAUUCCCUUUAUCGAGAGCGAUGUGCCCUGAGCCUUCAUUCACAGUGCGUGUCCUGUCUGCUGAGCAGUUUUAUUCGGUACUAGUGCAAAUAAAGUAAAAUCAGCUGUGACUUGAGCAUAGUGCCACUAGCUGAAUGCGUUUGCAAGGAGAGGCUGGAAAAAAUGCCUUUUAAUCUAUAUUGCUAAGAAACUACUUGGAUUACACUAAAAUCUGUUAAUCAAAAGUUAUUUGUUAUCAGCCGUAAGUUGAGUGUAGUCUGUCUUCAUGUUGAGUGUGAUCUGAAAUAAGUCUUAAAAAAAGAGGAGGAAAAUAAUGCAGCUGCCUUGCAGCUGAACAAGUACUGCCACAGAGGCCCCCAAAGAUGCUUAAGAACAAAGCCCGGAUUAUUUUUAUGUACUACAUAAAAAAAGUAUGGCCUGUUUGUAGGUGAAAGUAAGGACUGUAUGCUUGGCAAAUUUGUUUUGUGUUCUGCUAAAGUGAAACCAGGUUCUUCUAUGUAGCAAAGAUAACUGCUGUUGUAAAUUUUACUUUUGAUUCUUUGACCAGACUAAGCCUGUAAACCACAAAAUAACGAGGGUGAUAAGAAGCAUUUUAUAAAACCAAAUAGUAUUCAGGGAACCAUAUGGAUUAUGAUAAUUCUCAACUUCCAUUCUGAAUAGAACCAGUGAGAAACAUUACAAUAUUGAUAAACAGUGCAUUAUAAUUAACAGAUGCUCUGGCUUCUGUACAUGCAUGAAGUCUAUUCUCUAGAAGCCCACAGCAAGACAGUUUAACAUCUCAUCACUGUGUUCAAACCAAAGCUGUUUACUUUUUUUGUUACAAUGCUGGGGUUUUGUUUUGCUUUCUUUGUGUUGUUUAUUGUGUUUUGUUUUGUUUUGUUGUGGGUU